AUGGGAAACGAUGGCGGCUCCAUCCCGAAGCGCCGCGAGCUCGUCAAGGAAGCCGCCCGCGCCCAGACCGUCAGCGAACUGAAGGCCACAGCCCUCGAAUCCCUCAGCCACGCAUGGACACAGGACCCCUUGUCCUCAGAGCCGCUCGACAUGGAGAACGUCGCGUCAGACUGGAGAGGCAGGCUCUACAACUACGAGUCCAUACUAAAGGGGCUGGUGCCGAGCGUAGACGGCGACGAGGGAGACGAGGAGCAGGCCAACGGCAACGACAUGACAUUCGCGUCGACGGGCAUCAGGAGCCUGCGGGACAUCGUGAGGCUGCGGUUCAAGCGGUACAAGCCGGCCGGGUCAAAGGAGAAGGAGAUCUGGGCGUGCCCCGUCAGCCUGAAGGAGCUGGGCCCGGCGAGCAGGGCCGUCUACAUCGUGCCGUGCGGCCACGUCUUUGCCGAGGUGGCGAUCAAGGAGAUCAUGGAUCAGGAACACAACUGCCCCGAGUGCAGCGAGCCGUUCGAGGCGCAGGACGUCGUGCCAAUACUGCCGACCGAGGAGGCGGACCUGGAGAGGGUGACCAAGAGGAUGGAGGAUCUGCGCGCAAGAGGCCUGACACAUAGUAAGAAGAAGGACAAGAGCGAGAAGAAGAAGAAAAGGAAGGCUGGUGAUAAGGAGGGCGAUGGGCCAGACGGCGCGAAGAAUGGAGAUUCGGAGAACGGCCGUCCGGCAAAGGUCCAAAAGGCAACCAAGAACGAUGCCCCCUCCAUCAACAACCCUAUGGCUGCAUCUUUAACCCGUGCGGUUAUGGCUGAGCAGGCUGAGAGGGAUAAGCGGCGAAGAUUAGCAUCGGUCCGUGGCUAA